UAUAGUAUAGAAUUCCUCUUUCAAUUAGUAGGGAAAAUGAAAGUGAAAACCCAAAAUUUGCUCUCACCAUUUGAGUUAGAGUAGAUUAAAGCUCUUGAAACAUGCUUUUCUCAUUCUUACAGGCAGAGAAAAGUUCUUGGAAUUCGAUUGGAAUUUUUAAGUUAUCUAAUAUAUCUGGAAAAAGGCGGGACUUGGUGCCAGACAAGAAAGGUGAUGAAACUGAUAUGGCUUCCUUUUCUUCUUCAAUUAUCAAGAGUACUAAUGUUUGCAAAAUAAAAUUGAUGAACUGAGAGUUCUUCUAGAGAACAAAUUUGACAGUGAUGACAUAAAUGAUCAAUGAGAUCAUGUCUUGAAACAUAUGAGAAAAUUAUGGAACAAUUGGAGAGGAUUGUUGCGCAAGGAUGUUAAGUCGAAGCCAUUUCGUGAUGCUCUAAAAGAUGUGCCAAAUGAGGUAGACAAGAGUGAUUGGGAAUGGUUUGUCAAGGAGCAAUUUUUUAACUGAAAUUUUUUAGGAAAAAAGUGCAAGAAAUUCAGUCAAUAGGUCUAAGUUGAGUAUGUCUCAUCGUACGGGUAGGAAGCCAAUUAGAGAGAUCAUUUAUGAAUUGGUUAAAAUCCAAGAAGUGGUGCAAUCUGAAUCAUCUCUUACAAACAUUCAGGUUGUAGAGAGGUGCUUUGAACCUCAAUGCAAGAGUUAUGUAGUUGGAUUAGGUGCUGGGAUAACCGCUAAGGAGUUGAAAGGUGGUAACUCCUCGAAAACUGCAUUACUAGAGAUGUCGAAUGCUACUGAAAAAGAAAACGAAUCACUAAAAGGACGCAUGGAAGGGCUAGAGAGUAAAUAUGAUGUGUUAGAGAGUAAAUAUGAUGUGUUAGAGAGUAAAUAUGCACAGCUUGCAAGUGUUGUAUUUGAUCAGACUUCAUCACCAUCUUCAAUUGAGCAAUAUAUUGAAGCAUUUAACAGGUUUAUGAAUAAACAAAUUUAUAGUCAUUGAAACAAGUGAAUUUAAAUCAAAUAUUUGAAGUCCGAAGAACCUAUCCUUGAAGAAAGUGUUAGCAAGGUGAAGUACAAGAGAUUUAUAUUUUGUUAGGGAUGAUUUAAAGACACUGUACAUAUGAUGCAAUUUUAUGCUUCUCUUUUAAGAAUUAUAAAAAAUGAUGUCAUACAAUUUAGAUUGGUUUUUGGUAAAUAUGAUACUUUAGUUCUUGUAUUAACAAAGA